CCAGCUAGGUCCCCCUGCGUGGCGGAUGUCAGUGGCUAAUGAACCUAACGUAUUCGUACUUCGUACCAGGAUGGCAGCUAGCUUGGGGCAGGAGUUGGAGGUGCAAAUCGGUGCUUGGUGUGGUGCGCAGAGCCCGCUAAAAACGCUACACCACCCGCUGAAAUUACCACCACCUCUUGCUGCGACAGAAACUCCAGCCGUUAUUACCCCUCCACAGCCAAUCCCCCCCGAUCCUCAACCUCGUUCUGUCCCCGCGAUACCAAAAAUUUGAACCGCAUCCACUGACCCUUUGGCCUGACGCUGGCGUGCACAUCGACGAGAUUGAACGUCAUUAGCGACGGACGACACGGAAACGCCCAAUUUGCCCCUACAGACCCGAGGCAUCGGGAGCAUUCGAUCCCACCUACAGCUGCCAUCGGCGCAACCUCCCAGUGGCAGCAUCCUGCUGGUACGAGCAUCAGCGACGCGGAACCGAGUACGAGAAGCCCCGUCACACUGGCCGCUCCAGCCGCUGGCAACACAUUGCGAUCCGCGGCCAUGGCGCCUCCCGAGGAGGGCGCACCCGCAAACGCCGGCCGAGGCGGCGAGGGCUCCAAAGGCCGCACCCGCGGGGGACGAGGUCGAGGCGGAAGCAACAAGAGCGGCGGCGCUCGACGCGGCCGAGGCGGUCACGGUAAUGCCGGGCAGCGCGGCGGCGGCGGCGACAAUGCCGAUUCUCUCAAGAACCCGGCUGCCCAGGACCUGGCGGCAGCUGCGGCAAGGGCACACGCGGCCAAUGAAGCUGGCCCGGAUGGCCAGCAGCGUCCCAUCAACGAGGCGGCCGCGGCGACGGCAAACGGCACAGUCGGCGAUGACGACGACGGCGAUGCCGAAGUGUGCUUCAUCUGCGCGAACCCGGUAGCCCAUCACUCCAUCGCGCCCUGCAACCACACGACCUGCCACAUCUGUGGGCUGCGCAUGAGGGCAUUAUACAAGACCAAGGACUGCGCCCACUGUCGGACACCGGCGCCGUUUGUAAUCUUCACCGACGAUGGCGAGAAGCGGUUCGAGGACUACUCGGACAAGGACAUCACCACCACCGACACCAACAUCGGCAUCAAGUACACCAACGAGGACAUUGUGGGCGACACAGUCCUCCUGCUGCGGUAUAACUGUCCCGACGCGUCCUGCGACUUUGCCGGCCUGGGCUGGCCCGACCUCCAUCGACACGUCAAGUCGAUCCACCGCAAGCGCAUGUGCGAUCUAUGCACGCGCAACAAGAAGGUCUUUACCCACGAGCACGAACUCUUCUCCGAUAAGGAACUGGAGCGGCACAUGCGCCACGGCGACGACAAGCCCGGUGCCGCCGACCAGACGGGCUUCAAGGGCCACCCGCUCUGCGGCUUCUGCGGCGAGCGCUUCUACGACGACGACAAGCUGUACGAGCACUGCCGCAUGAAGCACGAGCGCUGCUUUCUCUGCGACCGCCGCGACUCGCGCAAGCCUCACUACUACCAGGACUACAACGCGCUCGAGCAGCACUUCAAGAAGGACCACUACCUGUGCUCCAACGCCGAGUGCCUGGAGAAGAAGUUUGUCGUCUUCGAGUCCGAGCUGGACCUGCAGGCCCAUCAGCUGAGCGAGCACGGCGGCAAGACGGCCGGCAGGGACGCCAGGACCGUGGACAUUUCUGCCUUUGACAUUAGGCAAUCAUAUCAGCAGGAACGGAGGGGCGGCGCGGGCGGCGGCAGGGGCCAGAGAGACGGCGGCGAGGCUCGCGGCAGAGGCAGAGGCGGGCGGACGGGCGGCGGUCGAGGGCGAGACCCGAACGAGGACAUGGUCCCGCCGACGACAGCGCAACCUUUGCGCCGUGACGAGAUUGCGUUUCAACGGCAGAUGGCCAUCCACUCGGCUCAGUCCGUGUCGAACCGCACCUUCGGCGGCCAGCUCUCAGCCCCGACGCCCGCGCAGGCUGCCUCCUCGUCCCGACAAGCCGCCUCAACGCCGCGAUCCGCGACUCCCAACGCCGCACAAGGCCGCGUCGUCGACGCAAUGGGCUCGCUCAACAUCACCGACACGUCCAACCUGACACCCGAGGAGCGGGCCAGUCUCGUCCGCCACAGCGCGGCGGUCGAGCGCGCCGCCAACCUCCUGGGCAACGACUCCAACAAGGUGGCCCAGUUCCGGAACCACGUCUCGUCGUACCGCAAGGGCGGCCUCACGGCGCCGCAGCUCAUCGAUGCCUUCUUCACACUCUUCGCCGACGUGUCGUCCAACGCGCUGGGCACGCUGGUGCGCGAGGUGGCGGACCUGUUCGAGGACAAGGCCAAGGCGGAUCACCUGCGCAAGGCGUGGCAGGACUGGCGCGCCAUCAACGAGGACUACCCCAGCCUGCCGGGCCUGAGCGGCAUGCACGGCGCGACGUCGAGCUCGAGCGGCUGGGCCAACGCCUCGUCCUCCAACCCAGCCGUGCCCAACGCGGCCCCUUCGCAGAAGCACUCGACGCGCGUGCUCAAGCUUAAGAACAGCACCCGGCUGGGGGGGCCAGCGCCCGUCGCCGCCCAGCGCGGACCGCCGGGCUGGGCCGCGGCCCCGACCAACAUCAGGACGCCGUCCUCGUCUGCAUUUCCCUCGCUGGCCUCGGCGACCGGCGGUUCAUCGUCGAGCUCGACCGCCGCCCGACCCUCGUGGAUCGGGUCCGCCACGUCCCAACAACAACAGCAACAAUCACAACCCUCCUCCUCAUCCUCGUCAUAUCGACCGCUCCGCACGGCGACGGGCUCGCGCGGCGCCACGGGCGGCGAGGCCUUCCCUGCGCUGCCCGCCGCCCCCAAGCCCACGACCACCAUCUUCGGCUACGGGACCGGCCGCGGCGUCCGGCGAGACUACGGCCACGCCGACUCGGGCUUUCAGUGGGGCGGCGGCGGCUCCGGCUCCGGCUCCGGCGCGGCGACGCCCCCCGCCGCAGGGGAAGACGAUGACGCUGGCGACGACGCCGCGGCUGGGGGAGGCAAAGGGAAGAAGGGCGGCAAGAAGGGCAAAAAGGUCCUCGUACAAUGGGGCUGAUGGAGGCGGCAGGCAUGCGCCGUGCCAUAAAGAAAGAAGAAAACAACCUGCUUCUCGUCAAAAUAAAUGCUCCC